AUGAACAACCCAAUGGAGAAAAUGAAAACAGGACCGACUAUUGAAGAAACGCCAAAUGGGGGAGAUGCAUUUUUCGAUGUUAACGCAGAACAGUAUCUAGUAAUUUCCCCGAGACAAAAAUUAAAUCCAGUUUUAAAAAAAAUAAACAGAGUUCGUUACAAAUUUAGCAACAUCAUUCCAGAUUUUUUAAUAGGAAAGAAUAAUGCAUGCUUAUUUAUAUCAAUGAAAUAUCAUAGACUAAGAUCAAAUUAUUUAAAGGCACGAAUUGAAACAUUGGAAAACAAAUAUAAUAAUCGAAUAUUAUUAUGUUUAGUAGAUAUUGAAAAUAUUGAAAAUUCUCUUGGUGAAAUAAAUCAACUUGCUUUUUGUUUUAACAUGACUUUAAUACUAUGCUGGAGUGCUGAAGAAUGUGCUAGGGUUAUAGAAGACUUUAAAAUUUAUGAAAAAAAAGUUUCCUACAUAAAAAACAAUAAACUUACCUCCACUCAUGAGGAAAAAAUACAUGAACUUUUAAAAAAAAUUAGGUGUAUUAACUCAUCCGAUUGUGCAACAAUUACAAAUAAGUUCAAAAAUUUUAAAAAUAUUGUGAACGCCAAAAAGGAUGACCUUAUCAAUUGUCCUGGCUUAGGGAAUAAAAAAAUACAAUCACUCAUAUCUACUUUUAAUGAACCCUUCUUUUAA